AGCUCAGUCCAAAAGAAAAUGGGGUUUGGUGUAAAUCUGGGGGUGUAAUGUUAUCAUAUAUCACGCUACCUCGUAAAACCGACACCGAAGCCUACCGGACAACAAAUCACAUCAAAAUUAUGAGUUCUUCGUAUUAUGUGAACGCUCUUUUUAGCAAAUACACGGCGGGGGCGGCUUCCCUCUUCCAAAAUGCGGAGCCCACGUCUUGCUCCUUCGCCACCAACUCCCAGCGAAGCGGCUAUGGACCGGGCGCCAGCGCCUUCGCCUCCUCCAUGCCCGGCUUGUACAAUGUGAACAGCACCCUAUAUCAAAGCCCGUUCUCCUCCGGAUACGGCCUGGGCUCAGACGCCUACAACCUUCAUUGCUCCUCUUUUGAUCAGAACAUUCCCGUCCUCUGCAGUGACUUAACCAAAUCCAGCUGUGAGAAAGCGGAGGAAGGCAACCUGCACAGCCAGGCUGAGAGUAAUUUCCGGAUAUACCCCUGGAUGAGGUCUUCAGGUCCGGAUAGGAAGCGAGGGCGCCAGACCUACACCCGUUACCAGACCCUGGAGCUGGAGAAGGAGUUCCACUUCAACCGCUAUCUGACCCGCCGGCGGAGGAUAGAGAUCGCCCACGCGCUUUGCCUGACCGAGAGGCAGAUCAAAAUCUGGUUCCAAAACAGGCGCAUGAAAUGGAAGAAGGAGCAUAAAGAGGAGAGCGCCCCGGCCGGCGCCGCCGCUCCCCCCGUCCCCGCCGACGACCACCACAGCGACUCGGCCGCAGCCUCGGUGGAGAAAGUGGAAGACGAAGAGGAAGAGGAGGAAGAGUAG